GAAAGAAAAAAACUUGCCACUUGUGUAAAGAAGAACAAAAGAGUCAAGAUGCCUGUGUGUAAAGUGGCGGACUCCGCGGGAGACACGAUGGACUUGUAUGUGAUGGAGUCCAAACCCCAAUUCUUUGUCGUGCCUACUCUUAAACAAGACUGGGUCGAAAAUAUACCGAACUAUCCUCUCCGUAAUGAUGACGUAAUGCUGUGCUCGUACACCAAGUCUGGCUGCCACUGGGUGUGGGAGAUGGGCAGACUUCUGCUGGACGGGCGGACCAAGGUGGAGGGCACAGAGAAAGAGUCGUCCAUGGUGGAGGCCAAUACCUUAAUGGGGAAUAUAGAAGACGCCCCCGCACCCAGGAUCCUGAAU